AUGAUGGCGGCCGGCGCGGCCCUAACCCUGGCCCUGGCCCUGUGGCUACUACUGCCGCCAGUGGGGGUUGGAUGGGCAGGGCCCCCGCCGAUCCAGGAUGGUGAGUUCACGUUCCUCUUGCCCGCGGGGAGGAAGCAGUGUUUCUACCAGUCUGCGCCGGCUAAUGCAAGCCUGGAGACCGAGUACCAGGUGAUCGGUGGUGCUGGGCUGGACGUGGACUUCUCCCUGGAGAGCCCUCAGGGCGUGCUGCUGGUCAGCGAGUCCCGCAAGGCAGACGGGGUGCACACGGUGGAACCCACCGAGGCCGGGGACUACAGGCUGUGCUUUGACAACUCCUUUAGCACCAUUUCUGAGAAGCUGGUGUUCUUCGAACUCAUCUUCGACAGUCUGCAGGAUGACGAGGAGGUUGAGGGCUGGGCUGAGGCCUUGGGCUGGCCUGAGGCCGUGGAGCCAGAAGAGAUGCUAGAUGUCAAGAUGGAGGACAUCAAGGAGUCCAUUGAGACCAUGAGGACCCGGCUGGAGCGUAGCAUCCAGGUGCUGACACUGCUGCGGGCCUUCGAGGCUCGAGACCGCAACCUGCAGGAGGGCAAUCUGGAGCGGGUCAGCUUCUGGUCGGCCGUCAACGUGGCCGUGCUGCUGCUGGUGGCUGUGCUGCAGGUCUGCACGCUCAAGCGCUUCUUCCAGGACAAGCGCCCCGUGCCCACGUAG